CACACACACUUCUGACACAGCUAGCUCCUUCCAGCUCUGGAGCCGAAGCAUGAAGACAUGAAUCUGUGACAAAUCAGAUCUGCAGCCAGCGAGGGCAAGACUGCGGCCAACCGCAGGCCAGCCGGACGGAGAGGUGAAGGAAGAAAAUGUCAAGGAUGUUCUGUCUGCUGCUGUGGCAGCUAGUUCUCAGAGUUUUUUGCCAUGUUGCAACAGCCAGUCUAUGUACGGCCGGCUCCAACAUCUUUGCGUCUGUCAGGGAGAACAGCCCAGCAGGUCAGUUCAUCUCACACAUCAGCAUCAGAUCUGACCCAGGUGCCAACACCGUGCGUCUGUGCCUGACCGGACCAAAUGCCAACUGGUUCUACUUAGAAGGUCGAACCAUCAGACUCAACUCGUCUGCAUCCAGAGUCCUGGACCGAGAGGUUCUGGGACCGUUUCUGAUCGCUGAGCUCACCUGUUAUGAGGACGACGUCAAACAAAGCCACUACAGGAUUCUGGUGGAGAUUCUGAAUGAAAAUGACAACAAACCAAAGUUCCUGGAGGAGUCCAUCCAACCGUUCAGCAUCAGCGAGGUUGCAGCAGUAAACUCUGUGGUUUUCACUGUGAAGGCUGUCGACUCAGAUGGAGAUACGAUCAGCUACACCAUCGACCAAUCCUCGGAAGAUGCAUGGUUCUUCAGGAUCGACUUGCCCAACAGUGGGAAAGUGGUGCUGAGCAAACCUCUGGACUACGAAAGCAGAACUCGCUUACAGAUCAUCAUGUGGGCCCAGGAAUCAAACACUGAGGAGAAGUUCAACAUCUCCACUGUCCUCACCAUCGACAUCGAGGAUGUUGACGACCAGUAUCCUCACUUCCUGCCCUGCACACCUGUGUCUCCAGGUGUCCCGAUCUGCAUGAGCCCAACCUACACAGCCAACAUCACACGACAACACCAGGACUUGGCUCUGGAGUUUUCUCCUGGUCCAAUCAGAGCCCGGGAUGGCGAUCGAGGCAUCAACGCUCCUCUCAUGUAUACGAUCCUGUCAGGUGACAAUCAUGGCAGGUUUGUGAUGGACAAUAGGACAGGUGAGAUCAGGCUUACCAGAGCUGUAGAUGAGCGUCAGCCAGGAGCAAACUUCACGCUCACCGUCAUGGUGUGUCAGGUAGAGGACCGGUUAAAGUACAGCGUGGCCACGGUUGUGGUCAGGGUUCUCAGUGAGAACUCCUUCCCCCCAGUCUUUAACACAACCACCUUCAAAGGCUUCAUCAUCCAGAGCUCAAGCCCCGCCGCCAUCGUUUCCACCUAUGGGAACCAGGUGUUGCAGGUCCAGGUAUCUGACCAGGAUUUCUCUGAUGGAGUGAACCCAAACAUCCAGUUCUUCCUCCAUCCACCGUCCCGACUGUACCGAGUGACCCAGGAGGGGGUUCUGAUCGCCCGGACGGACCAGCUGAGGGCCUUUGACAGACACAUUCUGCAGGUUAUUGCCAGGGAUGAAGAAUCAGGAGAGGAAGUUUCAGCCUCAGUGGACGUUGAAGUCCUGCAGCGAGGACAAGCAGUGCCUCAUGGUGCGUUCACAGAGCAACAGCUGUUUGGGGAUGUGGACAGCAGGUUGGCAGGAGGAAUCGCAGCACUGAUCCUGCUGACGUUUCUGUCAGCCUUCUUGUUUCUGCUGCUUCGAUUCGUGCGAAGGCGCCGGCCGCAGGAAGCUGAUGUCCUGCCCGUCACCACAACCUCAAAGCAUCAGAAGGUGAGUUCCAGGUCUCCAGGCUUCAUGGAUGAGGCUCUCCGUCGUCAGGCGUCCUUGCGGUCAGGCAGCUUCCACGGCAGACAGGGUCUCUACAUCCGGAGGCAGUCUCUUCCUCCUCCAACUUCCUCCUUCUCAGCAGCUGACAGCAGGUCCAGACCUCAGUCUCCAUCCUCGGAGGUCUCUCUCAGCGAUCCAACAGGCCGCUGCCGCUUUCAGACGGAUCUGUUCGUCAUGGUAGAGAAACCUGCAGGUGUGGCGUCCGGCUGGAAGAGGUCAUCUGACGUCGCCGCAGGCCUGCAGGUCCAUGGUGGGAUGCCCCAGAGUGACAAGGACAUUAACACUGACCAAUCAGGGGACACUUGAAAGAUUCUUCCAGCCAAUCACAGAUCAAGACUGUCUGGGACACGCAAUGUGUGAUUGAUUGGCAGAUUUAAACUCAUACUCUCUUUGUUUUUAGUGGUUUAAAUGAAAAAUGCCUUCAGAAAUUACUUAUGAAUAAAACCAUGUUUAACUUCUGUUUCAAAAAACAAUGUGGACAAAAACAGGAAGAUUUUCCCCCGAGACUUUAACUAUACCUGCAGUAGUGAGCAUAGCGACCACCAGGGGGCCCACACGAGCCGACUCCGUGCCCUGCAUCCUGAGAUGGAGACAAACACAAAUAACAGAAUGAAAUCCUGUUUCCUCUUUCCGUCCCUAUGGUUCUGAUCGGAUCGUCUGAGAAGUUCUGCUGAUUCAAUCUGCCUGGUGACACUAGGAACCGAAGGUCUGGCCCUCGUUUCAGGUGGGAAUAAAAACAGCAGUUGAACUCAAAGAGAACUUUGUUCAUGUUUCUAAUGGAUCUUCAGGAAUCUGA